CGUGGAAUUGGUUUUUUCUUUCUACGUCGUCGAUUCAUUCAAAUGUCAUCGGAUGUAAGAACAGUAUCGUCUAUCUAACAGAGACGUCGUCGUCGUCUAUCAUCUAUCGUGGUAGUUUUCGAACAAAGUGCGAUCAGCUUGGAGAUAUUUUCGUGUUUGUGGCGUUUUUCUUAACUAAAUUCUGGUGCUGGUGCUGAGCUUCAUUCGAUUUGAAAAAGGGAAACAAGUUCCAUAUCCGAAUAGAACGACAUACGAAGAAUUAAAUUCCCAUUCGCAGAAACCUCACCUUUGCCUUCUUGCCAUAAUCUGUGAAGUACCUAUCUACUUUAUCGGUUGUCGAUGUUGUUGUUGUUGUGAUUGUGACAUUGAAAGGCUGAAUAGUAAGAAAAAAAUAAAUAGAACAAAAAUAAAACACUGAAAAUACUCAACAAGAACAAUGCAAGCUAUAAAGUGUGUGGUUGUGGGCGAUGGAGCCGUGGGUAAGACCUGUCUGCUGAUUAGCUACACAACAAAUGCCUUCCCAGGAGAAUACAUCCCGACGGUGUUCGACAACUACUCUGCAAAUGUUAUGGUCGAUGCCAAGCCCAUAAACCUGGGCCUCUGGGAUACAGCUGGACAAGAGGACUACGAUCGUUUGAGACCAUUGUCCUAUCCACAAACCGAUGUCUUCCUAAUUUGCUUUUCGCUGGUCAAUCCAGCCUCGUUUGAGAACGUUCGGGCGAAGUGGUAUCCCGAGGUACGUCAUCAUUGCCCGAGUGUGCCAAUCAUCUUGGUCGGAACCAAGUUGGAUCUGCGCGAGGACAAACUAACCAUCGAAAAACUAAAAGAUAAGAAGCUAUCACCAAUAACCUAUCCCCAAGGAUUGGCCAUGGCCAAGGAAAUUGGUGCUGUCAAGUAUUUGGAAUGUUCAGCAUUGACGCAGAAAGGACUAAAGACUGUCUUCGAUGAGGCUAUCAGGUCGGUGUUGUGUCCGGUGAUGCGCCCCAAAUCCAAACGCAAGUGCGCACUGCUCUAAGGGAGGCCACUAUCCAUCAAUCACCAGCAGCAGAACAAAAAAAAACCGAACCAACACUACUCAUAAUCAUGAAGAUUUUGAUUCUGAUUCUGGGUGGGGUAGCAAAAAUUGUGAAACAUAGCAAUGCAUUUUAUUAUUUUUCAUAUUAAUUAAAUUAAAUUAAUUUAUUGUUUUGCUGUGAACAAUUUGAAGUAUAUAGUUAGUUUCUUUUUA